UCAUCAAACAGAUCUGGAAAAAAACGAGAAGCAGAGUUGUGUGGUGCUGUGAAGUGUUGUCACCUCUCAGUCAAAGCCCCGCCAGCAGGAGCUCAGUGCACUUGUACCCUGCCCCAGCAGCUGUGCUGCAGCACACUGCACAGCAGCCCAACCUCGGGCAAAACAGCCCAGGCUGCACUGAGAGGCACCCGCAGCUCUGGCUGGAGAUGAUGUGCUGAGGAGGAAACACGGAAGCUCACAAAGAAGAUCAUUUUUCUUGAAUGAGAAGGGCGAACAGGAGUGUUUGUCACCUUCAGCCGCAAUGUUGUCUUCCAUCUGCCUGAACUGGGUUCUCCUGGUGCUGCUCACAGGCUCCACAGUAUCCGAAUUAAUUGUGAUAGGAGAGGUUGGUCAGAACAUCACUGUGCCCUGCCACUACACUGUCUGGAACACAAAUAGCAUCACAUCCAUGUGCUGGGGUCGGGACAGGUGCCCCAAUUCAAAGUGUUCCCAGCCCAUUAUCUGGACAGAUGGCUGGAGGGUGACAGAGCAGCACAGCAGCAGGUACCAGCUGAGAGGGGACCUGCAGAAGGGGGACGUGUCCCUGACCAUCGUGGACGCCAGGGAAGCAGACUCUGGCACCUACUGCUGCCGUGUGGAGAUCCCGGGGCUGUUCAAUGAUCAACUGAUUAAUCAUAAGGUUACGGUGAAGAAAGCAAGGAUCUCUACUGCAAGUCCUCACACUUACACCUCUGAACAGACCUCAGCUCCUGGCAGCACCAGUGAAUCCUCUGUCACUGUCACAAGGACCUGGCCAUUGGUUUCUGCCUCAGAAGCUCCUCAGACUAACUCAUCUGUAUCACUUGCCAGUCAGCAGGACCCUGAACGUGGGCUGUACAUUGGGAUUGGCUCGUGUGCAGCUCUUCUGCUCAUCCUGAUUUUGGCCCUGCUCCUCACUAAACAAUAUUUUUACAACACAAAGAAGAUGGGUAAUUCUGCAGGCUUUGUUGCAUUUUGGAGGCCACAAGGUGUGGGGAGCCAUAGUGCCCUGGAAGAAGAGACUCAUGCAGAGGAAAAUAUUUAUAUCAUACACUACUUCAGUGGGAGUCACUCAGACUCUGGAAAGGAUAAGGUCUGGUUUCCUCUUCUUCCACUUGCUGUGCUGGUGUCUCCGUCAGCCAGAAUGUCCCAUUUUGUGCUGUUUCACUGGAUGGUGAUACAGAUCUUUAUAGCACACACGGCGUCUGAAGCCGUUGUCAGAGGGACAAUCGGACAGCCUGUGACCCUGCCCUGCUCCUACCGGGUGACGCGGCCCAAGGACAUCUCUGACAUGUGCUGGGGCAGAGGCCCCUGCCCGAAUUCAAAGUGCAGGGGCAAAAUCCUGCACACCAGUGGCAGCCGGGUGAUGUCCAGAGCAUCGUGGAGGUACAGCCUGCGCGGGAGCGUUGCCGCUGGAGACGUGUCCCUGACCAUCAGCGUGGCCGAGGCGGAGGACGCGGGCGUGUACUGCUGCCGCGUGGAGAUCCCUGGCCUCUUCAACGACAUCAAGAGGAACAUACGGCUGGAGGUGGCCACAGCCCCUCUAGUGAGCACCACUGCCACCACCACCACCACUGAAGCUCCUGUUUUCUCCAAACAUUUUAUAGAAACAACUUCUGCUCCUCAAGCAACCUCUGAUUUCCAGGCAGCACCAGAGACUACAGUCCUGCUGACAACCAGCAGCCUUCCAGCAGCAACCACGGCCCCUGAGUCUCCAGUGGUAGCUACAGGGGAGACCUCUGCUCCCUCAACAAUUGCUGGGACAGAAUAUGAUAUUUUUCCUGUGACUAUGGUGGAAACAACUCCUCUCCCAGAUUUUCCAACUGCUUCCCAAGCAGCUGAUGUGGCAACUGAAGAUGACAUGUUCUGCUCCACACUCUCUGGAAUAACAGAGGUGACUACUGAAUUCCCAGGUACACUUCCAAGUGCAGAGGAAACCAGCAGCUCUGUCCUGAUGGAAGAGAGGACAGUCAUGGAGGUUUCAGCAAACAGAGAUGGCAAUGCUGGGAAAUAUGAAGAGAGAGGAGAUAAGUUUCCCAGCUCUGCCAUUCUCAUUGCCUGUGUCGUAGCGGGGUCCAUCCUUUUCAUACUGAUGCUCUUGGUUUGGAAACGUAAACAUACAAAGAAGUUUAUAGUAAAAAGUGUUGGACCACCAGAAGAGACUGACAAAGUUUUCAGUGGCGCUGAAGGAGAAAACAACAUUUUUUCCCUGUGAAGAGCUCCUACAUCAUCUGCACAUGGGAAAUAAACAGGGCCUGUUCCAUGCUGCACUGAGAGAUACUUGUGAGCCCUCAAAAUAUCAGUGGGUAUAAAACAAAGGCCAAAGCUUCAACUAUGAAAAUUUAAAAUCUUUGUGCAAAUUUUCCCAUAUGACCCUUAAAACUCACUGCAUAAAGAAGCUUAUUUGAGAAGGGGCUUUAUGCAUUAUUCCUGGAUGCUUCUGGCAUCUGCCUUCUUACUAGCAUCAUGUUGCACAAUUGAAUUUGCUUUUCUCCAUUUUUACUAAUGCUCUUCCUUGAAUACAACUUGUACUCUGAGGAACAGAAGAGAUCACAUGGAAGGCUGCCUAUCUUCAAAUUGCCAUAAAGAAAGAAAAGGAAUCAUAAAGUACAAUUUUAAUGCUUUUAUGUAAUCAAUAGGAAAAUUAAGCAACAAGAAUGCUGUGAGUUUAAAUCAAAAAUGCAGAUUACUUAAGGGGUAUCACUACUGCCUGUGAUUCAGCAUGUUUGAAUAACCCUUGGAGAAUAUGUUAAUAAACUCUGUAAUUUGUUGCUGGCAA